UCCCUCCCUCCUUCCCAGUCUGGGCACCGGGGCCUGUGACCGUUUCGUUAGCGGAGAGGAGGCUGCCAGUCCGCUUCGGCGGGCCUGUGCCUGCGCCGUUCUCGGGGCCUCCCUGCUGAGCCCGAGGCUCACGCCGAGAGGGACACGCAGUGAGGAGCGGCCGAAGCAGCUUUGCGGUUUUGUGGUGCAUCCCUGAGCAUGAGCGCAGAAUGAAGCGACGUUUGGAUGACCAGGAGUCACCGGUGUAUGCGGCCCAGCAGCGUCGGAUCCCUGGUAGCACAGAGGCUUUCCCUCACCAGCACCGGGUGCUUGCCCCUGCCCCUCCUGUGUAUGAAACAGUGUCCGAGACCAUGCAGUCAGCCACAGGAAUUCAGUACUCCGUGACACCCAGCUAUCAGGUUUCAGCAGUGCCUCCGAGCUCUGGCGGUCACGGGCCCAGCAUCACAGCGGUUCACAGUGGCCACCAUCACCCGGCCGCUGUGCAGCCCCAUGGAGGCCAGGGGGUCCAGAGUCAUGCUCAUCCCGCCCCGCCAGUCGCACCAGUGCAGGGACAGCAGCAAUUUCAGAGGCUUAAGGUGGAGGAUGCGCUGUCCUAUCUUGACCAAGUGAAGCUGCAAUUUGGUAGUCAGCCUCAGGUCUACAAUGAUUUCCUUGACAUCAUGAAGGAAUUUAAAUCUCAGAGCAUUGACACUCCAGGAGUGAUUAGUCGUGUGUCCCAGCUGUUCAAAGGCCACCCUGACCUGAUUAUGGGCUUCAAUACCUUCUUGCCCCCUGGCUACAAGAUUGAGGUGCAAACCAAUGACAUGGUGAACGUGACAACUCCUGGCCAGGUUCAUCAGAUCCCCACCCAUGGCAUCCAGCCCCAGCCUCAACCACCACCCCAACAUCCUUCCCAGCCUUCAGCCCAGUCAGCCCCAGCUCCUGCCCAGCCAGCUCCUCAGCCCCCACCUGCCAAAGUCAGCAAGCCUUCCCAACUACAAGCACAUACUCCAGCCAGUCAGCAGACUCCCCCUCUCCCACCGUAUGCAUCCCCGCGCUCUCCACCUGUUCAGCCUCAUACACCAGUGACAAUCUCGUUGGGAACGGCCCCAUCCUUGCAGAACAAUCAGCCUGUGGAGUUUAAUCAUGCCAUCAACUAUGUUAAUAAAAUCAAGAACAGGUUCCAGGGCCAACCAGACAUCUACAAAGCGUUCCUGGAGAUUUUGCACACAUAUCAGAAAGAGCAACGAAAUGCCAAGGAAGCUGGAGGAAACUACACUCCAGCAUUGACUGAGCAGGAGGUCUAUGCCCAGGUGGCUCGUCUUUUUAAAAAUCAGGAAGAUCUGUUGUCAGAGUUUGGACAGUUCCUACCAGAUGCCAACAGCUCUGUGCUUUUAAGCAAAACAACCGCUGAGAAGGUUGAUUCUGUGAGAAAUGACCAUGGAGGCACUGUGAAGAAGCCGCAGCUGAACAACAAGCCACAGAGGCCCAACCAGAAUGGCUGCCAGAUCCGUCGGCACUCGGGAUCGGGAACCACCCCUCCGGUAAAGAAGAAACCUAAACUGCUCAGCUUAAAGGAUUCUUCCAUGGCAGAUGCCAGCAAGCAUGGUGUAGGAACGGAAUCAUUGUUUUUUGAUAAGGUCCGAAAGGCUCUACGGAGUGCAGAGGCCUAUGAGAAUUUCCUGCGCUGUCUUGUUAUCUUUAACCAGGAGGUGAUCUCUCGGGCUGAGCUUGUACAGCUAGUCUCUCCUUUCCUGGGGAAAUUCCCUGAAUUGUUUAAUUGGUUUAAAAAUUUUCUGGGCUAUAAGGAGUCUGUACAUCUGGAAACCUUUCCAAAGGAGCGAGCCACAGAGGGCAUUGCCAUGGAGAUAGAUUAUGCCUCUUGUAAACGGUUGGGCUCCAGCUAUCGAGCCCUACCAAAGAGUUACCAGCAGCCCAAGUGUACAGGACGGACUCCUCUCUGUAAAGAGGUUUUAAAUGAUACUUGGGUUUCCUUCCCUUCCUGGUCUGAGGACUCCACCUUUGUUAGUUCCAAGAAAACCCAGUAUGAAGAACACAUCUAUCGUUGUGAAGAUGAACGCUUUGAGCUUGAUGUAGUUUUAGAAACCAAUCUGGCAACGAUCCGGGUUCUGGAAGCAAUACAGAAGAAGCUUUCUCGCUUGUCUGCUGAGGAACAAGCCAAAUUUCGCUUGGACAACACCCUUGGGGGCACGUCGGAAGUUAUUCAUCGAAAAGCACUCCAGAGGAUAUAUGCUGAUAAAGCAGCUGACAUCAUUGAUGGUCUGAGGAAGAACCCUUCCAUUGCCGUCCCAAUUGUCCUCAAAAGGUUGAAGAUGAAAGAGGAAGAAUGGCGAGAAGCUCAGAGAGGCUUUAACAAGGUGUGGAGAGAGCAAAAUGAGAAAUACUACCUGAAGUCUCUGGACCACCAGGGCAUCAACUUUAAACAGAAUGACACCAAGGUCCUGAGGUCAAAGAGCUUACUCAACGAGAUUGAGAGUAUCUAUGAUGAGAGGCAAGAGCAGGCUACAGAAGACAAUGCCGGUGUACCUGUUGGCCCACACCUCUCACUUGCCUACGAAGACAAACAGAUCCUGGAAGAUGCCGCUGCUUUGAUUAUCCACCAUGUGAAAAGGCAGACCGGCAUUCAGAAGGAGGACAAAUAUAAAAUCAAGCAAAUCAUGCAUCAUUUCAUUCCAGAUCUGCUCUUUGCUCAGAGAGGUGAUCUCUCAGAUGUGGAGGAAGAGGAAGAAGAAGAGAUGGAUGUAGAUGAAGCCACAGGGGCAGCUAAGAAGCACAAUGGUGUUGGGGGCAGUCCCCCUAAGUCCAAGCUACUGUUUAGUAACACAGCAGCUCAGAAGUUAAGAGGGAUGGAUGAAGUAUACAACCUCUUCUAUGUUAAUAACAACUGGUAUAUCUUUAUGCGACUGCACCAGAUUCUCUGCUUGCGGCUGCUGCGGAUUUGUUCCCAAGCUGAACGGCAAAUUGAAGAAGAAAACCGAGAGAGAGAGUGGGAACGGGAAGUGCUGGGCAUAAAACGAGACAAGAGCGACAGCCCUGCCAUCCAGCUACGUCUCAAAGAACCUAUGGAUGUUGACGUAGAAGAUUAUUACCCAGCUUUCCUGGACAUGGUGCGGAGCCUGCUGGAUGGCAACAUAGACUCGUCGCAGUAUGAAGAUUCACUAAGAGAGAUGUUCACCAUUCACGCCUACAUUGCCUUCACCAUGGACAAGCUAAUCCAGAGCAUUGUCAGACAGCUGCAGCACAUCGUGAGUGAUGAAAUCUGUGUGCAGGUGACUGACCUUUACCUGGCAGAAAACAAUAAUGGGGCCACAGGAGGCCAGUUGAACACGCAGACUUCCAGGAGUCUCCUGGAGUCAACAUAUCAACGGAAGGCUGAGCAACUCAUGUCAGAUGAGAAUUGCUUUAAGCUUAUGUUUAUUCAGAGCCAGGGCCAGGUUCAGCUGACCAUUGAGCUCCUGGACACGGAAGAGGAGAACUCCGAUGACCCUGUAGAAGCAGAGCGUUGGUCAGACUAUGUGGAACGAUACAUGAAUUCUGAUACUACCUCUCCUGAGCUUCGUGAGCACCUGGCACGGAAACCAGUAUUUCUCCCAAGGAAUCUGAGGCGGAUCCGGAAAUGUCAGCGUGGUCGAGAACAGCAGGAAAAGGAAGGGAAGGAAGGAAACAGCAAGAAGACCAUGGAGAAUGUGGAUAGCCUGGAUAAACUGGAGUGUAGAUUCAAGUUGAAUUCCUACAAGAUGGUGUAUGUGAUCAAGUCAGAGGACUACAUGUAUCGGAGAACUGCCUUGCUCCGGGCUCAUCAGUCCCAUGAACGUGUAAGCAAGCGGCUACAUCAGAGGUUCCAGGCCUGGGUAGAUAAAUGGACCAAGGAGCAUGUGCCCCGUGAAAUGGCAGCAGAGACCAGCAAGUGGCUCAUGGGUGAGGGGCUGGAGGGCCUGGUGCCCUGUACCACCACCUGUGACACAGAGACCCUGCACUUUGUGAGCAUUAACAAGUACCGUGUCAAAUAUGGCACAGUGUUCAAAGCCCCGUAACUGCAAAGCCAGAGCAGAUAACUUGAGGGGGGUGUGUGUGGGGAGCGCGUGCACUCACGCACACUGAAGAAACAAGGAAGAUGCCUUUCAAGCCUCACUGGGCCUCUCUGGGACAUGGCCACCUGAUCAGUGUGUGGCUGGUGCAACCUGGCACCAAGUGGGCUACAUAUAAGGAACAUGGAUACCUUACAAAGCCAGAGCUGGAACUUUUCCCAAGGGGUUUGGGGUCUUAGCCUGCCCUGGAGGGGAAGGAAAUCCAUGCAAGCACAGAGACAUGCAGCUUGCUUGCACACACCAGCAGAGCCAAGACUGGAGUCUCUUGGGGCCUGACCUUCGAUGAAGGAGCCAGAUGCUGUUCACACCUUGACUGGAUGGGCGUGCACUGACAGACUGGGGAAGGACUCACCGCUCAGAUGGAUUGUAACUCUGAUGGUCACUGCUCCUCUCCUCUCCCCCCAAAAGGAAAAAAAAAACUGGAUUUGAUUUUUUUUUCCCCCCUCCUGGUCACUCGAGCACAUCUAGAUCACCCAUUAGAUUUUAUCUGGGACCUGCAGUUUGGCUUUGGGAUUGAUCAUCUUGUGGGUUUUUCCUGACAAAUCCCUCGCUGCCCACCCUUUACACUCUCCUCUGGUUCUCAACCUCAGCAAGUUCAAAUCCGUCGUCCUUUUUAGCUCCCGUGGAACUGUUUUGUACCUGCUUCUUUACUAGUCUACCCUAGUGCCAUCCACCAGCUUUACUCUCUGACACACACACACAGACACACACGCACACAAUUUUAACUUGGUUUUUCUUUUUCUUUUUUUUUGUAAAUAAUGUACAUACUGUCGAUUUUUUAUUAAAAGAAAUAUGCUUUGAUGUGCUAGCAUAACUGCUCUAGCUUCUUGUGUACCAUAGUUCUAUGUGGCUUCAGAUUUAGUACCUAUGAACAGAUGUACAAGACAUUUAUUACACUUUUUACCAAAGGGAGUUACUGUUGUAGUACUUUUGUGUAAAACUUGUCUUCCCCCUUGCCCCAGCUUUUUUUUUUUCUUUUUCUUUCUUUCUCUUUCUUUUCCUUCCUUCCUUUCUGUCUGUCUUGUUUUCUCUCUCUCUCUCUCUCUCUUUCUUUCCUUUUUUUUUUGUAAAUAAAUAAAGCUUGGUUCUUACUUAAGGAAUGAACUCUCAACCCAAGUCCCUUGUCCUCACCAGAGAACUAAUGUGGAGCAGGGAUUUGGGCUUCAGUUCCUUACCCUUGGCACAAACAGGAAUUUGCUUUAAAUAGUUACCAGUUCAUUGCACUUGUCCCAAAUCAAAAUAUUCCAAAUUUUUAAAAUAGAAUACUUGAUUCUUUUAGUACAUGUUUUUCCCCUUAUUUCAACUGUUUGGAAAUAUUUUCUAUUUGGGUAGUUGUCCGGCUAUUUGGUUUGCAUUUCUCUGUGUUGUUUUUCUUAUCCUUAAUUGGAAAUGGGGGUGAACAACUUAAAUACCAAACCAGUAUUUGAAAGAAAUGUGUACAAGGUGUGUAGUAUAAAUGGGGUUGGGAGAGAGAAGAUUUGCUACAUUAUUAGCAACUGCAAGUGGAAUAUAUAUAUUUUUUAAUUACAUAAAUUUAGACCGGCAGACCAGACAUUUAAACUGAGUGAUUAGGAGUUUUAUAUGUCUUCACCCUGGAGUUUCUGAACAAAGACCAACAACCUCUCCCAGUACUCUGGUAGAUUUAUUCUCCAUCAACCAUUGCCCUAGUCUCAGUUGUAAAGUAACCAACAGUGUUUUGUGUGGUUUUGUUCGCCUAAAAACCCCCAACACUGCCACCAAAGACUACAAAUUUGGCGGCUUCUGAACUUUAAAAACACAUGGUAUAGACUUCUCCAGUUUUAGACCUUUUUGUUGCAGGGGAAAAGGAGAGACUGAGCCCCAAAGUGUAGGGGGUGGUAAAAGAGCCUUGUGGGAGGAGAUUGUAGGGUGAAGGCGCCAGUGCCUGACUUGGAGGUACAGUGAUACAUAUUGAUUGAGGGGAAAGAUCUUCGGGUUUUCCCAGCAAUAGCUCACCUAUCGCCCUCUGCUCACUCAAGAAAGGUCAUGUUGACUUGGAAUUAUGGGAGAAAUUGAUGGGGUCUGACCAGGGGCAGCCCCAGCUGUUAGCUGUUCUUGCACUGUUACGUCCAGACCUACCUGCCUGCAGGUCAGGAUCUGGUUUCAGGGCCAAGUUCAGGAGAAAAUGCAACCCAUCAGGGCAACCAAAAGAAGAGGGAGCUUCACCUACAGCCAAGGUUUUCACAAGCACCAUCUUGAUGCCUCCGGCCUUCUGAAAACUGAACUCCCAACUCAGCCCAACGUGUUAUAGCAGCGAGUUAUCUUUAGUUUAAAUCACGUUUGGUAUUCUGUACUCAGUCAUCUUUCCCUGUGAUUUGCACUUGAAAUGUGAACUUGGUCAGUAUUUUCAUUAAAAUACCAGGGCUAAUGUGUA